AUGAAAUAUGUACAACUCGGGACCAGCGGCCUUCGCAUCGCCCCGAUUGGCGUAGGGUGCAUGAGUUUUGGAAAUCCCGAUGGCCGUUACAAGUGGUCGAUCCCGGAAGAAGAAGCAUUUCCCGUACUUAAUCACUGCUACGAGUCUGGUCUCAACUUCUUCGACACAGCAAAUAUCUACUCGAGCGGGAUCUCCGAGGAGAUCCUAGGCAAGGCAAUAAAAAAAUACAACUGGCGCCGCGAGAACCUAGUCAUCGCAACCAAAGUGUGGGGGCCCGUCGGCCACGGUGUCGAACAGCCGAUGGCGAUGACAGAUGACGAAAAGGACAACUCUGGCUACGUCAAUCAGUACGGGUUAAGUCGGAAACACAUCUUCGAGAGUAUCGAUGCCAGCCUGAAGAGGCUCGACCUACCCUACGUCGACUUGUUGCAGAUCCAUCGCUUCGAUCCCAGAACCCCUGUCAAGGAAACGAUGGAAGCGCUUCAUGAUGUCGUCAAGUCAGGCAAGGUGCGGUAUAUCGGCGCUUCUUCUAUGUGGGCUCAUCAGCUCCUUGAGUACCAGUAUACCGCCCGCAUCUAUGGCUGGACAGAGUUUAUCUCGAUGCAGAACCUUCAUAAUGCCAUUUACCGCGAGGAGGAACGGGAGAUGUACCCUGCCUGUGCCAAAUUCGGAAUGGGUGGCAUCCCCUGGAGCCCUAUUGCGAUGGGAUUCCUGGCCCGCCCCUGGGGUGACUUUUCUACUACCACGCGUGGGGAGGUGCAGGGUCAAGGCUUCCGUGGGCAGCCUACUACAGAGGGAGACAAAAACAUCAACGAACAGAUUGAGAAGAUUGCUAAGCAGCAUGGUGUAUCAAUGGCGACUGUGGCAAUUGCUUGGUCCCUAUCAAAGCCCUUUAUUACGGCUCCAAUUGUGGGCUUGAGUAAGAAAGAGAGGGUUGAUGAAGCAGUUCGCGCUAUUUCGUUCGAGCUUACUGUUGAAGAGUUAAAGAGCAUCGAUGAUCUCUAUGAGCCUAAGAAAGUGUUUGGCCAUCAAUGA